GUCCUUCCUUCGUGUGGUGGGCUUUGCCCAAGGAGACUCCCUCUGUGAAGCGCCUGUGAAGAGCAAGAAGCCAGCGGUUACGCGCUUUGAUGAGAUCAACUUGCCCGACCUGGCUCAUCUUGCUGCGGGAAUGGAGCCGUGCAUUCUGCAACUUGAGGAGGAAGCGCGAAGUCUGGAGAAGCUCUUGCUGAUCGAGGCCCAGGAUCUCGUGCAGCGCUGGACGCAGGCGCUGAAGCGGCGCGUGCGGCAAGACGAGACGCGGGUGUCCUUUAAGGCACAGUUCUUGCGGAGCAAUGCCUUGGAGAAAGCCCUGGAGGCUCUACGACGGAACGAACGCCUCAAGCAGGAGCUGUUCGAUCGGCCCCUCUUCGCGGCGGCCGACGAGGCCCACCCCUCGGAGGUCUUCUUGGCUGAGCUGAGGAGCCUCUUGCAGCUUUGCCUUCCCAAGUGCGCUGUCCCUCUGGUGGAGCCCACGCUUCAAGCCGUCUUCGGUGACCCGUGCUGUACCUCCGAGGCCACAGCGGCACUCACGGCGCUGCGUGCCUUGAAAGAGGACUGGCGAGAGGCGGUCCAGAUGCAGGCGGCUCGUGGUCUCGAGAUGCGGCUGGACGCGUUGACGUAUCAGCUGCAGAAGAGCCCUGAGCAGUCAUCGUCUCGGGGCUUUUCCAGGGACAAGGUCCAUGUACUGGCCUUACUCUUGCAGGCGCUCUCGGAGUGGCGGAACGGGAUCGAAACCCAUAGUGCAGAGAUCGACUCGGCGCUGCUGGCGCUGGGCCUGAAGUCGCCGGGCAGCGCCGCUUCCCGUGCGACCGACAGCACGCGAGCGGAGAGCAAGAGCCGAUCCCGCACGAGCAGCGUGAUCAGUGAGAGUGAGAAGAGCGGUCCGAGCACCGAGUCCUCGUCUUCGCCGAGUGUCGAGGAGUGCCAUGCGGCAGUGGAAGCGCUGGCGCUGAAGACGGAGCAAGGAGUUCGACGGGGGCUUCGUUUGUUGGGCUUGCCCAAUCACCCACUGCACUUCGUGCCGGGCUGCGAGCUGCGCCUGCGGGGGCACGACAUUAGGGUGGCCGUGUGCAGCCUGAUCCAUCAUUGGCGCCAGGAUGAAAGGGCCGCCUUCGCGGAUGUCCUUCUCCGAAUCCAACAGAUCCUCUCCACAGAUGACUCCAGAGUUGCUUUGAAAGCCCUGAGCGCUUCAAGCGGAAGCUUUGAGGUGCCCUCAGAGCUGCCUGAGUUGCAGAAGCUCCGGGAGACUCUCGUGGCAGAGCGACAAAGCUUGCUGGAGAAGUUGGAAGGCGUCGAGGAGCACUUGAGCCAGGUGGACGAGAAGUUGCGCACAGAGGGCGCAGAGCGCGCAGAGCGCGUGGUGAAGGGAGGGCCCCUGAGACCUCGUGAGAGCACUGCAGAGAGCGGCUCGACCUCCGACUCAGUCGCCCUCGCCAUCCAGCGAGUAGCAGAGUCCCUGUCGAGUGAGACGCAACGAUCACUGGAGCGCUUGGGCACACAGGUGCAACAGAGGCGGAGCGAGCUGAUGCUGGCGCUGCGCAGGCACCUCAAUAGCGAGUCGGAGAGGCUCUCCGCCCUGGCCGUGGCGCCCGGCGGCUCGGAGAGCGCCGUGGGACUGGCCAUGGAUGCCUUGCAGGAAGCGGCCCACGAGAACAGGCAGUUGUGCGAGCGCGUGCAGAAGGUCGUCGGCCUUGACAGCGAGGCCACGAAUGGCCGGGCACCCUCUGAACUCUGCUCCGGCAGCCGUUGCCGUGCACGAUGGAUGGAUGGAAACUACUACGAUGCAACGAUCCACGCGGUCCUCCCUGGAGGCUUCGUGGUCGUCAACUGGCUCCGGCCCCGUCCCAAUGCGGAUGGCAAUGAACGUCCGAUCAGGACCAUCAGCGGAAUUGGUGGAGACGACACGCUUCACCGGAUCGUGCAAACCGCGGACGUGGAAUUUGACGCUUUGGCGCCGGAUGUGGCGAUGGCUUUUGCCACGUUCCGGGACCGACCACAGCAGGAUCGCCGCUGUGUGGAUUGUGACUCCGCGGAGACCGAAUGGGCUUCGGUGUCCUUUGGGACCUACCUUUGCGCCCGCUGUGCAGAGGAACACGUGCGGAUGGGUCCGUCACGAAGCCUGGUCAGGCAGCUGAAUGAUGGCUGGGGUUGGACCAAGACAGAGUUAAAGUACAUGACCGUCGGAGGAAACGACGCCUUCCGGGCGUCGAUGGAUCAGUAUCCAGCGCUGAAGACUCUCUCUGCAUCACGCAGGAUGGAACAGAUUGCAGGCUUUGUGGAAAGCAAGAAUGCAUUGAGGAGUAGAAGAAGCAAGAGGGCCAUGAUCUCAUCAAGCAGCAGCAGCUAUGAUGAUGAGGAAGAAGAUGAGAGCCUAGGAAAGAACUGUGUCAAUCGCCAAGAGAAAGUACUGCACCUUAUGAAGAUGGAUGAGGACAAGUUUGCUGACUUUAGCAACUUGGAGAGCUACAGUGCACAGCUUGGGUGGUACAACAUCUUCAAGAAGCCUCCAAAGGGGCAGGCAGAAGUUGCAGUGCAGAUGAAUGGCAUGCAGACCUGGGCCACCAACUAUGUCAUGGAGAUGUUGGGAAGCUUGGCUUACAGCACAGGCCAGCCAUCAUCAUUGGCACUCAAUGCCCAGCAAGUGCAGGAACAUGCACAACAACUUCUAGCACAGCAACAAGCUGCUGAACAGGCAAGCCAGGCCAACACCUUGGCCCAAACACAAGCUGCUGAAGCAGCAGCAGCUUUGGCAGUGGCACAAGCACAGCUGAAAGCCCAAUCACAAGCAUCAGCAUUGGCACAAGUACAGGCACAAAAGGGGGCACAAGCAACAGCCUUGGCACAAGCACAAGCAGAGCUGAAAGCUCAAUCUGAAGCAGCAGCAGCUUUGGUAAAAACCCAAGCACAGCAUGGGGCAGGGCUACAAGCUCAAGCACAAGCAGCAGCUGUGGCAAAAGCCCAUGCAGAGCUUAAAGCCAAAGCUGGGGCACAAGCCCAGGCCCAAGCAAAGGCAGCAGCAUGGGCAAAAGCACAGUCAGAGCUGACAGCUCAAGCUGGUGCAUCAGCAUUGGCAAAGGCUCAACAGGAGGCUGUGGCACAAGCAAAAGCAAAGCUGAAAGCUCAAGAAGAAGCAGCAGCUUUGGCACAAGCCCAGCAGGAUGCAGAGCUGAGGGCCCAAGCACAAGCAAUAGCUGUGGCACAAGCCCAAGCAGAGCUGAAAGCUCAACAUGAGGCAGCAGCCUUGCAACAAGCCCAGCAUGAGGCAGAGCUAAGGGCUCAAGCUGAUGCAGCAGCCUUAGCACAAGCACAAGCAGAGCUGAAAGCUCAAGAAGAAGCAGCAGCUUUGGCACAAGCCCAGCAGGAUGCAGAGCUGAGGGCCCAAGCACAAGCAAUAGCUGUGGCACAAGCACAAGCACAAGCAGAGCUGACAGCUCAAGCAACAGCAACAGCAUUGCAACAAACCCAGCAUGAGGCAGAAGCUGGCUUUACACCAGUACAACCAGGGAGUGCUGAUGAUGAGCCAGGAGAUGGCACACAGACCUGGAAUGGACAUGAUGAUGGCUGGUGGCACUCCAAUAAUGAUGAUGGUUGGUGGCAUGGAUCUGGAUCCAGUUCCUCCUGGCAGCAUGGGGCUGCUUGGCAUGGAGAUGGUGGAGGUGGAGAGAGUCCACACAUGGCAGCUGAGAGGGUCAUCAAUGACAAGGAUGAUAUGGAGAUUGACAAUGGUAAAACUGAUGCUGAUGGAACUGGCGAUGACAAGCCUUCAAUACCACCUGACCAUCCUCCUCCCUCCAGGGUGCACCCUUUCCCUUUGCUUCCAGCAUGGUCUAAGAGCUUGCCAGACCAAAGGAAGCUUUCCAAGCCUCUGCCAUAUGUUGGCCCUGGCCAGCCAGAUGAGAUGAGGCUUCUCAUGGGUGUGGAAAUGGAGGCCAGAAUGCGCAAUGCCUGCAUGACCAGCCAUGAGAAGCAUAUGCUGCAAGUCUGGAUGAAAAAUGAUGGGAAGAAGAUGCAGGCAAACUGCCAGAAGGUGAUUCAGACCUUUGGCAAGAAAGGUGGUGGCAGGGCAUCCAGGGAUUUGCUUGCCAAGAACUUUCAUGAGGCAGCAUGGCAGCCUGGGCAGGUGGUGGAGGUGAACUCAUGUGAGUACACAGUGCUGAAGCACAUGAUGCUGUCCCACCAAGUGGCAUGGGGCCCAGAGUUUGACAAGGCUGAGUCAGUGAGAUGCUGGUGCCUUCCUGCAAGUUCACUGAUGCCAGCAGGAUGCAUUCACUUCCAGGAGGCACUGCAUGUGAUGAAGCCAUAUGAACAGCACAGGACUUGCAAGGUGGCACUGCACAAGGCUCUCCCUCCUUUGUUCCUCAAUGUGAUGGGCGAUGACCUUUGCUCUUGCUCAUCUGCUGGCCUGUUUGGGCUGCAGGACAAUGUUGAUGGGUGGGAGCACAACUAUUUCACCCAGGACCAGAUUGCUGCAACCUACAAGAAGAGCAAGGAGGCUAAAGAGGCCAAGCUGCAGAAGAAGAGGGCAAGGGCCAAUGCCAAUGAUGAGGCCCAAUGGCCAAGAACCAAAGCAUUGUUUUAA